AUGUCUUCCGGAAUUAAUUGUCGUGAAAUUUUCGUGUUUUUGGAAAUUUUGAUUUGGAAUCAAAAAACUCAGAGAAAUCGACAAAACAAUGCAAAUAACAACAGUAACGACGCCGAGAGAGACAACAACGUCAGCAACAGUAACAGCAACAACAAUAACAGCGUCAAACAACAGUAUAAUAAAAAUCACAGCAACCGAAAUAGUAACAGCAACAGCAGCAGCAACAAUAACAACAACAACAGCAGCAGUGUUGUCGAAUUGCAGUCAGCAGUGAAAGUGAUAAAAAGUCAACAACAACAACAACACCAACAGCAGCAGCAGCAGCAACAACAUACAAAAACAACAAGCAAAAAUCGUAAUAAAUUAAAUAACCUGAAGGCGCACACAUACACACGCAAAUCUCUGCACAUAUUGCAGAAGGGCUGAGCGAAUGAAGAAAGCAACAAACAUUAUAAACAAUUA